AUGGUUAAAGAACCAAUCACCCCUAAGAAGGCCGCCAAGCCUGUCAAGGCAGGAAUCGUAAAGCGCACCCCUGUCAAGGCCAAGGGUUCCCUUGCAAAUGUCUCAUCCUCUACCAUUGACCGGGACCUGGUGUUCCUGUGGAAUUGCGUUAAGAUGUCCACCGGAAUGAAGAUUGACUGGCCUGCCGUCGCUAAAGAUGCUGGCAAGUCCGUUGGCACUGUCCAGAAACAGUGGUCUCGCCUGAACAUCAAGCUGGAGAAGGGUGUCCCAGCUUUCAAUGCCAGCGUCUCCAAUAAGGACGCCGACGAUGCUGAGGAUGCCGACAAUACCGACGACGCCAAUGGUGAGGAGUAA